AUGCAUCUUUUUUUUUUUUCAUUUACAGGUCAUUUAUGGUUCAGUCAGCUUUCCCUAAACACCUUUCCAACUGCUUCUAUUUUGGCAUUGAAGACUGCUCUCAGCAGUGGCUCUUUGUCAGCACUGGGAACCAGAGACAACCAUCAUUGCAUCAGCUUGAGCCGUGUGCUGCAGACACAAUGCUGUAUUUCUUCUCCCACUAACUUGAUGGGCCAGCAGUAUAGACCCUAUAGUUUCUUCACUAAAUUAACAGCAGAUGAGCUAUGGAAAGGUGCUUUAGCAGAGACUGGUGCUGCAGCAAGAAAAGGAAGAGGCAAAAGAACUAAGAAAAAGAGAAGAAAGGAUUUGAACAGGGGUCAGAUCAUUGGUGAAGGGCAUUCUGGUUUUCUGUGGCCUGGUCUGAACGUCCCUCUUAUGAGAAAUGGAGUACUGCAGACCAUUGCCCAAAGAAGCAAGGAAGAGCAGGAGAAGGUGGAGGCAAACAUGGUCGAGAAGAGAGAAGAGUGGGACCGGAGGAGGAAGAUAAAGGUUAAACAGGAGCGAGGAUGGAGUGGAAAUUCAUGGGGAGGCCUCAGUCUUGGUCCCCCUGACCCCGGUCCCAAUGGAGGUAGCAGAGUCCUAAUUUUGCUUGCUUUUGUGACAGAGUACCUAUAGUUCUAGAAUUUCCCUGAAAUGAUUUUAUUUACUUGUGUGUUUAGACUGCAUUUUUCCAAAAAAGAAUUUGUAUGUCUUUGAUAUAACUUGUCACAUUAUUAUCCCAACUAUAUUGUAUGAAACGAUAGAGGCUAAGAAUUAUUCACCAAUAGAAUGGAAAUUACUGGG